CCCCACAAAACAUUCAGUCCAUCAGUACAUUCCACAGAGCGGUGCUGCCUCAGCAGUCCAAUUCUGAAGAUGACAUCGGGUUACCUUCAUGUGAUCCUGAAACAAGCAUGACAGAAAGUCUGUAUGAGGAAGACAAUUCUUCGCGUAAUAUGUCUUUAGUUGACAUGCAUCCAUCGGGUUUACUGAUACCAAUACCCGAUGUUUCGAGAGACGCUCCUCCACCCGUUUCCCUCGUCGGGCCUCCACUCACAAUCCACGGGCAACAACGUUCGGUGCCGCCUCCACUUCACCUCCUGAGGCCACCGCCACCAGGUCAUCCAAGUGGAAUGCCGCACAACGUGCCUCCACCUGGUCAUCCUUUAGGUCCUCCACCAGGACACAUGGGUCUACCCCCUCAUGGACCACCCCCAAGCCAUCCUAUUGUUCCACCACCAAACAUGAUUGGACAUCCACCAAAUAUGCCACCACACCUUGGUCCACCACCUGGACACGUGGGUCCACCACCUCUGGGCCCACCGCCAGGACAACUGUUGGGCCCGCCACCUUUCAAUAGGCAAGGACCUCCAACUCAACAAGGGCCUCCAAACAGUCAUCAAUUAGGCCCACCACCAGGUCAUGUCAGUGGACAGCCACCUCAUGCCCCUCCACUGGGACAGUUAGGCAAUCUACCGCCUGUCCAUGGACAACAGCAUGGGCUUCCUGUUGGUCAUCAUUUGGGUCCACCUCCGAGCCACAUGGCUAUCAGGCCACCUGGCCCACCGCACUCGGCACCCUAUGGCAUGCCUCGGCUAGGUGCACCACCUCCACCAGGGGCGCUACCUCCACAACAUUUCAAUAUGUUGCCACCAGGACCCCCGGUUUCAGGCCACGUUGGUGUCCCCCCAGCUCACAUACGUGGCCCACCUCCAGGCCAUGCAAGUAACCCUUUGCCUGUUAGGGGGCCACCUCCAGGACACAUCAGUGGCCCGCCACCCAGAUUUCCAUGUGGUCCACCUCAAGAGCAAGGUCCACCUAAAGUCAUGCCUGAUAAUCAGCCACUGCAUAUACCUCGAUCGGGUGCCUCAACUGGACCUCCCCCAGGCUUUGGCAGUGUUCCAGUUUCUGCACAUCACGGUCCCCUAGAAUCACGAAAUACACCACCCUCAGAUGCUCCACCAUGGGGAUCUGAUUUUUCUCGAGGGCCGCCUCGUAGUCAGGGUCUGCCCGGAGCACAUGCUCAAAAAAAGAGGGUCCUCCAGAAAUCCCACAGGACAGGGGAAGCAGACAACACAGAGAGUACCCGUCACAGCCUGGACCUGGACCCCAGCAAUCACUUGGAUUUCGCCCACAGCGGGCAUUGCUUCCAACCCCUCUCAUUCGACCAAAUGAUGGCCUUCGACCAAGAUUUCCUGGAGGUGACCGCCAGGCUCCUGGAUUUCCACGACCCCUUUUGCAGAAUCCUCCAGGGCAGAUACCUUCAGGGUUCCAACCAGUGCAUCAGCAUGACAAGCCAGGGCAACCAGUUCCCUCAAGGGGCCGUUGCUGCAGCCUAACCUGCAAGGGCCUCACAGUCGACGACCUAAUUUUCCAGAGCCAUUCAAUGAUCCAGAUAAUCGAAAUGUGGAAAGAGAGGGAGUUGAUUCCCACAGUGAUGACAGAAUUAUUGAAAAACAUGUUGAGGAAUCAUGGGGAAGGCCGGAAGAUCAACAGGAGCA